AUGGCGGCCAGACGCAACAUUCCUUAUUCUGUUCUUCCUACGGAGGACAGGGAUGAGGACAAUAUUGACCGUCGGUUCACAUACACCCCAAAAUCCUUGAGGAGGAUCCCGUGGAAGUCGAUUGCCCUAGCAUUAUUCCUCCUCUUCCUGGGAAGCUCUCUUCUGUUCCUUUCGUAUUUUAUAUUCACAGGUCACAUGGAGGGUGAUAGCACUCAGGUGUAUGGUCUAUUGUUCCUGGGUAUCCUUGCCUUUCUUCCUGGUAUGUCAAUUAUACAACUAUAUCACUUCAGUUUCCAUAUUGUGAUUGAUAUGCCAAUGUUUCAUCUUCCAGGGUGA